CAAAUCCUCACACAGUUUACAAUACAAUACAAUCUCUCUCUCUCUCUAAUCUCUAUAUCAGAGCAAAUGCGACCCCAAAACCAAAAGGGAUAGCCCAAACCCACUCGGCCCUGGCCUUGCUCACCGUGGCCAGUGACCAAAAUGGGCAAAGCCUCAAAGUGGUUUCGCGGCCUCCUUGGCCUCAACAAAAAGACAGACUCACACUCCCAAACUCCCAAACCUCCCAAAGAAAAACGAAGAUGGAGCUUCGUUAAGUCAUACAGAGAAAAAGACCACUACCAAACCAAACACAACAACGACCAAACAACAACAAAAGCAGAAGCCACCUCGUACGGAAAGGUGUCGGCCUCAGAGCACGAGGAGGAUGCCAACAAGCACGCCAUCGCCGUGGCUGCUGCUACUGCCGCAGCGGCAGAGGCGGCGGUUGCUGCGGCCCACGCGGCGGCUGCGGUGGUCAGACUCACCAGCAGCGGCAGGUGCGCCACCAACACCGCCGUGGCUUACGUUAGCGGAGGCGUCCCUGAAGAGUGGGCUGCACUCAAGAUUCAAGCCGCUUUUCGAGGCAGCUUGGCUAGGAAGGCAUUGAGGGCAUUGAAAGGAUUAGUGAAGCUUCAGGCAUUGGUAAGAGGACACAUUGAAAGGAAGCGAACAGCAGAGUGGUUACAGAGGAUGCAAGCAUUGUUGCGAGCACAGGCGCGAGCGCGUGCAGGACGGUCCCAGAUUUCAGAGUCUUCACAGUCGAGUAGCAAGUCUUCUCACUUCCACCACACUGGUCCAGCAACGCCUGAAAAAUUUGAGCAUGCCAUCAGAUGCAAGAGUACCAGAUCAGAUCAAUCACCAAUGCUCACGAGAAAUGGCUCAAAAUCAAACAGAAGGCUCAUUGGCAAUCAAGAUGAAGCACGCAUAAGUUGGAAUAGGUCUGACAGUCGGAAGGACGGGUGUUCAACAAAGACGGGCACUACAGAUGAUGAAAAGAGUGAUAAGAUCCUUGAAAUCGAUAGUGGAAAACCCCACUUCACAACUAAACGCAAAAAUGUCCUCCACUCUUCUCAUCAUGUUCUCGCUUCUGACCAAUGUAGUCACAGCUUUACCACUUCAAAGGACUCAACUGCCCAUCAAACAGUUCCUAGUCCAUCUUCUUGUGAAGUCCAAUCUUUAACCCCAUUGAAUUUCUCUCACGAAGUUGAGGACAGUCCUUUCUGCACUGCUGAUAAUAGCCCACAAUUCUACUCUGCAUCAUCGAGAGGUGGAGUAUCAAAAAGUAGUCCCUUCACUCCCACAAAGAGUGAUGGCUCAAGAAGCUUCUUAAGUGGUUACUCAGACCACCCUAGCUACAUGUCUUACACUGAAUCUUCAAGGGCCAAGGUGAGAUCUCUCAGUGCUCCUAAACAAAGGCCACAUUAUGAGAGGACUAGUUCGACAAAGAGGCAUUCUAUUCAUGGAUUUGGUGAAUCAAGAUCGAGUGCACAAAGAAUCUCUAACUUGCAUGCAAACUUUGCGAAUAAAGCCUACCCGGGAUCUGGUCGCUUGGACAAGCUUGGGAUGCCAGUGGGUUAUAGAUACUAAUGUGUUUAUACUGUUUUACAUUUUUCGUCUAUCAUAGGUGCCUAAUUAUGUAUUUAGGUUAAUUUUAAACUAGGUAUCAAGUCUAAUCUACAAGAUAUGAACUACUUCAUGUGUUUAGGUUAAUUUUAAUCUAACUGAAUACUAAGAUGACUAAUGAGUAUCUUAGUGCAUGUGACUUUAACGAGCCGAGUAAUUCUUAGGAUAAUGAUUACUUGUCAAAGUAAUGAUAAAAUCUUGUGUGCCUAA